GGCAGAGGGCGGAGCCGCGCUCCUCCGGCUGAGCCCGCCCCAGGGUGCCCGCUCAGGUGCGUCUGCCGCUGACGCUGCCGCGGGAGGGACCGCGAGCCCGACGCGCCACCUGCAGUGCUGGCUGCUGCUGCUGCGGUUGCUUUCUAUUGACUUGGAGACGCAGUUUCCCGGCCGGAGAGUCUGGGGCGCGCGCAGGCAAGCAGACACACACGCACGGGCGCGCGCAUCACACACAACACACACACACACACAACACACAUACACACACACGCGCCAUUGUGCAUCAUCCCGGAGAACCCGGGGCUUGCCCUGCCGCCUCUUGGCACCUAACCCAGCAGACUGCUCAGCCCCGUCGGCAGUAAUGCUUGCCAAGUCUGCUGCAAACUUCUAAGUCUGAGAUCCUGAGGAAACCAGCUGGAGAAUGCCUUCCGAACACUGCCUCAGUAUUCAAGAAAUGCUGACAGGCCAGAGGCUCUGCCACUCUGACUCACACAAUGACAGUGUCCUGGCAGCACUGAAUCAGCAGAGAAGUGAUGGCAUCCUCUGUGAUGUCACCCUGAUUGCCGAGGAACAGAAAUUUCAUGCUCACAAAGCAGUCCUUGCAGCAUGCAGUGACUAUUUUCGGGCAAUGUUCAGUCUUUGUAUGGUGGAAAGUGGAGCUGAUGAAGUGAGUUUACAUGGUGUAACCAGCCUUGGCUUAAAACAGGCUUUGGAGUUUGCAUACACAGGACAGAUUUUGUUGGAGCCAGAUGUGAUCCAGGAUGUGUUGGCAGCUGGCAGUCAUCUACAGCUUUUGGAACUUCUGAAUUUAUGUUCUCAUUAUCUCAUCCAGGAAUUAAAUAGCUUUAAUUACUUGGAUCUGUACAGACUUGCGGACCUCUUUAACCUCACUUUGUUGGAGAAGGCCGUGAUCGACUUCUUGGUGAAACAUCUCUCGGAACUUCUGAAGAGUCGCCCAGAAGAUGUCCUGACUCUUCCUUAUUGUCUGCUUCAAGAGGUCCUGAAGAGUGACCGCCUGACCUCACUGAGUGAAGAGCAGAUUUGGCAGCUAGCUGUGAGGUGGUUGGAACACAGCUGCCAUUACCAGCACAUGGAUGAGCUUCUACAGUAUAUCCGCUUUGGUUUGAUGGACGUGGAUACCCUGCACACAGUUGCCCUGACCCACCCCCUGGUUCAGGCCAGUGAGACAGCAACAGCCCUUGUCAACGAGGCCCUGGAAUACCACCAGAGUAUCUAUGCACAGCCCGUUUGGCAGACUCGCAGAACCAAACCACGGUUCCAGUCAGACACUCUGUAUAUCAUUGGUGGGAAGAAGCGUGAGGUGUGUAAAGUGAAGGAACUUCGGUAUUUCAAUCCUGUCGAUCAGGAGAAUGCUCUCAUAGCUGCCAUUGCCAAUUGGAGUGAGCUGACCCCUAUGCCUGUGGGAAGAAGUCAUCACUGUGUGGCUGUCAUGGGUGAUUUCUUGUUUGUAGCAGGAGGGGAAGCUGAGCACCCCAGUGGCCGGACUUGUGCAGUGAGGACUGCCUGUCGCUAUGACCCUCGGAGCAAUUCCUGGGCAGAGAUAGCGCCCAUGAAAAACUGCCGGGAGCAUUUCGUACUGGGUGCUAUGGAUGAAUAUCUCUAUGCAGUUGGGGGCAGAAAUGAACUACGCCAAGUUCUACCUACAGUUGAACGAUAUUGCCCCAAGAAGAACAAGUGGACUUUCGUGCAGUCCUUUGACCGAUCCCUUUCAUGUCAUGCUGGAUAUGUGGCUGAUGGUCUUCUUUGGAUUUCAGGUGGAGUGACUAACACAGCACAAUAUCAGAACAGACUAAUGGUAUAUGAACCUAACCAGAAUAAGUGGAUAAGCCGCAGCCCCAUGCUUCAGAGAAGGGUCUAUCAUUCCAUGGCUGCUGUCCAAAGGAAGCUUUAUGUUCUUGGAGGAAAUGACCUGGAUUACAAUAAUGAUCGAAUCCUGGUGCGGCAUAUAGAUUCUUACAAUAUAGACACUGACCAGUGGACACGUUGUAAUUUCAACCUGUUGACUGGUCAAAAUGAAUCUGGCGUUGCAGUCCACAAUGAGAGAAUAUAUUUAGUUGGUGGAUAUUCAAUUUGGACCAAUGAGCCUCUGGCUUGUAUACAGGUAUUGGAUGUAAGUAGUGAAGGCAAAGAAGAGGUAUUUUAUGGGCCUACACUCCCAUUUGCUUCCAACGGAAUAGCAGCGUGUUUCCUUCCAGCUCCGUGUUUCACGUGUCCUAACCUGCAGACUCUUCAAGUGCCUCAUCACAGAAUUGGCACCAUAUAAACAACCAAUUCUCUGUUAACCAUCAUGAAGAGGAUGCAAAAAGGCCUAAUUUUGGGAUAAUGGGCAUGACUCCAUGCUCAUUAUUUCCUGUUUUGUCUUAUAUUCCGAUAAACAGCAAAAAACAAAA